AUGAAUUGGAGUAAUUCAACAAGUGAUGGUAAUAGCAACAAGAAGUUUAAGGGAGUUAGACAAAGAAAAUGGGGGAAAUACGUGUCGGAGAUUCGUGUUCCGGGGACUCAAGAACGUUUAUGGUUGGGAACUUAUGCUACACCGGAAGCUGCUGCGGUUGCACAUGAUGUCGCUGUUUAUUGUUUGAAGAGACCUUCUACGUUGGACAAACUCAACUUUCCUCAGAUUUUGUCUUCUUAUUGUAUCCAACAGAGAGAUGGUUUGAUGUCUCCUAGGUCUGUUCAAAAGGUUGCUUCUGAUGUUGCUAUGGAUGUUGAUGCUAGAAACAUUGCAAACCAAACGACAACAACAGCAAGAGCAACAACUUUGGAUCAAUCUCAUCAUGAGCACAAUGUUGUUGCUGAUGAUGAUGUGUGUUGGUGGGAAGGUUUGGGUGGUGAUGAUCAAGGAAUGACACAAGUUUCUAACCAACAAGAAGGAUUGAGCAUUUCCAUUGAAGAUUAUCUAUAA